GAUCUGGGAUCCAUAACGUACUCCGUAGCCAGACUGCCAUUAUAGUUUCACCUCGACGGGAGCGUCUGCCGCGUGCCGUGCCUCCUGCUACAGUGCCUAGCUUGGCAAUUAGCUAACAAUGUGUCCCAGGCUAUGCCCCAACCGGUCGACAUGCACAGAGAUAAGCACGCUGUGAUGACGAGGUCAACAGCCGAGAGGAGACCGACGGUCAUUCGGAAGGUCAGACAGACAUGGUAAUUCCGUAUUGGGCAGACCUGCGCAGCUGCGGUGCCUGGAGGAGAUGGAGGAGAGGAGGCAGAGAUAACGAACACAAAUCUUAUUAACAAGUGCGCCCAGUCAACCAGUCGAACACCCCCAAAGGGCCGAAUGGCCAUCUGCGAAGACGGCGCCCCAGUGCGACCCCCACCGGGAGGAGCUGUAACAUGGGACCUCCGAAUGCUUGUUCACCGGGGACGAGGUGAGCUGCGAGAUAGACUAGAUGUCCUAAAUCGCUAGUCCCGCGGAGAGAGAGAGAGCAAGCACCACCCACACGGCCACACGGCCACACGGCCAGGGAAGGAGUGACCGUUUAGAUUCAGCUCAUAGAAUUGCCAUGCUGGGUCGGUGCUGUGAAUGCUCGCUCCCCUCUUGGGUAUAAUAAGACCUCCUGUCUCUUCGCUCCCUCCUGCUCACACCACUCUCCCUCUCGACUCUCGGAUUCUGUCUUGAUAUACCAACUUCAACCACAGCCCAUACAAAAGACCAUCGCCCUUGUGCUUUCCCUUGCCGUGAUACCCUCCCUACCCUCUUUCUCCUACACCCAAAAACCACUACCGCCCAACAUGUCGAACCUCCCCUCCGAGCCCGAGUUCGAGCAGGCCUACAACGAGCUGGCCUCCACCCUGGAGAACAGCACCCUGUUCAAGAAGAACCCCGAGUACCGCACCGCCCUCAAGAUCGCCGCCAUCCCCGAGCGCGUCAUCCAGUUCCGCGUGCAGUGGGAGGAUGACCAGGGCAACGUCCAGGUCAACCGCGGCUACAGGGUCCAGUUCAACUCGGCCCUGGGCCCCUACAAGGGCGGCCUGCGCCUGCACCCCACCGUCAACCUGUCCAUCCUCAAGUUCCUGGGCUUCGAGCAGAUCUUCAAGAAUGCCCUGACGGGAUUGAUGAUGGGUGGUGGCAAGGGUGGUUCUGACUUCGACCCCAAGGGCAAGUCCGACAACGAGAUCCGCCGCUUCUGCGUUGCCUUCAUGCGCGAGCUGCAGAGGCACAUUGGUGCCGACACCGACGUGCCCGCUGGUGACAUCGGCACCGGCGCCCGCGAGAUUGGCUACAUGUUCGGAACCUACCGCAAGGAGAAGAACAAGUUCGAGGGUGUCCUCACCGGCAAGGGCCUCAACUGGGGUGGCAGUCUGAUCCGACCUGAGGCCACUGGCUACGGUCUUGUCUACUACGUCGGUCACAUGCUGGAGUACGCCGGCGCCGGUUCGUGGGCUGGCAAGCGCGUCGCCGUCUCCGGAUCUGGCAACGUCGCCCAGUACGCCGCCCUCAAGUGCAUUGAGCUCGGCGCCACCGUCGUCUCGCUGUCCGACUCCAAGGGCUCGCUCAUUGCUGAGAAGGGUUUCUCCCCCGCCGAGAUCGAGGCCAUCGCCGGCCUGAAGCUCAAGCACAAGGCCCUGACCGACUUCGUCGCCGCCGCCUCCGACGCCAACAAGUUCAAGUACAUCGAGGGUGCUCGCCCCUGGGUCCACGUCGGCAACGUCGACGUCGCCCUGCCUUCGGCGACUCAGAACGAGGUGUCCAAGGAGGAGGCCGAGGCCCUGGUGGCCGCUGGCUGCAAGUUCAUCGCUGAGGGCUCCAACAUGGGCUGCACACAGGACGCCAUCGACAUCUUCGAGGCCGAGAGGCAGUCCAAGGGCGCCGCCAGCAUCUGGUACGCCCCUGGCAAGGCCGCCAACUGCGGUGGUGUCGCCGUCUCUGGUCUGGAGAUGGCCCAGAACAGCCAGAGGCUCACCUGGACCCGCGAGGAGGUCGACCAGAAGCUCGCCGGCAUCAUGAAGGAUGCCUUCGAGAACGGCCUCAACACCGCCAAGGAGUACGUCGAGACCAAGGAGGGAGAGCUGCCCUCGCUGGUCGCCGGCUCCAACAUUGCCGGCUUCGUCAAGGUCGCCGACGCCAUGCGCGAGCAGGGAGACUGGUGGUAAAUCAGCCAGCUUUGCUGUUCUUGAUGUGAUGAUUUCUGGGGAGCAAAAAGAAAAGUUCCUUCUUCCUUUGUGUUAAUUCAUCCUGUGGGCUGGGCUGGAGUAUUCUGUUUUGCCACUUGUUUUUCUCAUGGCGGGUUUCUUCAGGGUUUAGCGGCGGUGCACAAUACCAAUUCAUGACUUUUUAC